UGCAUUUACAACUUAAAACUAUGGCAGUGCGCGUUUUUGGCGUAAAUUUAAUUAAAAAUAACAGAAAUUUGCUGCAAAAUGUCUGUAAAAGCCCUGCCACGACCAUGGGUCACACGGCGGUAGCUCAAUUGGCCACCGAAGUGACUGUCCAGGCUUCGCCGGCGGCUGUACAGAAGCAAAAGGUCAGCAAGGCUAUGCGAGCGUAUCUCAAGAGAGCCAACGAGCACGAUGAGUUCAUGAAGACCCAACAUCUGGAGUUCCAGAUCGGCAAACGACACUUGGCCAACAUGAUGGGUGCUGAUGCUGAGACAUUCACACAGGAAGACAUCAAUGAAGCUAUUGCUUAUUUAUUUCCAUCCGGCCUGUAUGACCCCAAGGCCCGGCCUGCCAUGAAAUCGCCGGAGGAGGUAUUCCCCGCCCGGAAAGCUGCCGAGUUUGAUGAGACAGGCAGGCCCUUCCACAGCAUGUUCUACACCGGCAAGCCCAAUUUCUUCCAGCUGCUGCACGAUAUUGUGGAGGAAACUAGGAAAUUGGCAGAUUUGGAAGAGCGUAUGCUUAGGCGCGGGAACAAACCUGAUGAGAACCAGAAGCUAGAGACGUCAGGCUUCCAGCUUUUGCCGAAGGACCAGUUGGAAAUUGUUCUGGUAGAGAGCAUUGCUGACAUUGAGUACUCUAACUUCACAAACUCAAUGGAACGGCUUAUUGCCUCGCCAUAUUCCUACAAAAGCAAGGCGUUCAUUGAGCGCUUUUUGAAGCCGUUGUUGGACCAAUCCAAGCAGCUGGAGGUGCCCAAGCCGAAGAUCGACGAGGAGGGCCGCCAGUUCAUAACCACAUACGAGUGUCUGCGAAAGACGGCAAGAGCCGAUGUAACGAUUCGGUUGCCGGGCACAGGCAAGAUCAGCAUUAAUGGAAAGGACAUAUCCUAUUUCGAAGACGAAAACUGUAGGGAACAGUUGCUCUUUCCGUUGCAAUUUAGCGAAAUGUUGGGAAAAGUUGAUGUGGAGGCCAAUGUGGAGGGCGGCGGACCAUCCGGUCAGGCCGGUGCCAUUCGCUGGGGAAUUGCGAUGAGUUUGCGCAGCUUUGUUGAUCAAGAGAUGAUUGAGUCAAUGCGUCUGGCUGGCCUCCUGACACGUGACUACCGUAGACGCGAACGCAAGAAGUUUGGACAGGAAGGGGCACGCCGCAAGUACACGUGGAAGAAGCGCUAAGUGGACACGUGAAUCUGCAAUACGCUGUUUGGUUAUAUGGCAGUUAUGAUGGCUUUAAUAAAUGUGAAGAUCGU